AUGACUCAUGCCACAAAAUCGGGUCUAACGCUCUUCUCGCGCCAAACUGCGCAUGUGCAUGCCGUAAAUUCAAAGGCAUACCUUGGAUAUAAAGCGGUUUUUGACGAAAAUGUAAAUGUGUCAGUUCGACACUUUCACGAAGUUCAGGUGAUUGUGGCCUUCAGUGAACGUGCUGAGGAGUUCAGGAAGAGUGACUGUGAGGUCCUGGCAGCCUCUACAGACUCCCACUUCAUUCACCUGGCCUGGAUCAACACAGAAAAUAAACAGGGAGGUCUGGGCCCUAUGAAGAUCCCUCUGCUGGCUGACCCCACCCAGGCCAUCUCCAGGGACUACGGAGUACUGAAGGAGGAUGAGGGCAUAGCCUACAGAGGUCUGUUUGUGAUUGGUGACAAGGACAUCCUGAGGCAGAUCCCCAUCAAUGACCUGCCAGAAGCGUGCUCUGUGGAUGAGACACUGUGCCUGGUGCAGGCCUUCCAGCACACUGACAAGUUUGGAGAGGUGUGCCCAGCAGGAAGGAGACCAGGGAGAGACACCAUCGUUCCGGACAUCCAGAAGAGCAAGGAGUUUUUCUCCAAACAGAAGUGAUCCAUCCACACCUCCUUAGAUGUGCUAUGUCUGUCUAUACAGGGUACUAACUGAGCACUUACUGUUGUUAUUUAGAUCGCUGACUGACUGAGUCUGCUGAUCGCAUUGAUUCUGUGUCAACUACACUGUCAGUGGGGAUGUGUUUUGUGAGAGUUCUUGAAAAUUAUAUAUCAUUUGUGCAUUAGGCUUGAUGUUGAUUCCAUCACGGGGCUUAUUUUACUGCUGUUCUCUAAUGAUUUUUUAUUUUUAACUUAUCUAACUUCUACUUAACACAUAUUUUUAUGAAAACUGCAUUGUUAGUUAAGGGCUUGUAAUUAAGCAUUUCACUGUAAGGUAAACAUGUUGUAUUCGGUGCAUGUGACAAAUAACAUUUGAUUUGUUUUGAUUACAAUUCAAACAGUGCCAUGUGAGUAUGAACUGGAAUGUUAAUAAAAAAGCAGAAUU